AUGGGACAAAUUGUUUCUCCAGCUUCUAAAUUAUUUCGUUUUGUUAUUCCACGUCGUUAUGAUUCUCCAUUGAAUUGGGGUUAUGAAAAAUUGAAUAAUCAAGAUGAUAGUUUCGAUCUCCAGAUUCAUCCUGAAGAACUGCAAUUUCCAUUUGAGUUGAACAAGCAGGUAUCUUGCUAUUUGCAGUUGUCUAACAAUUCAGAAAAUUGUGUGGCUUUCAAGGUUAAAACUACAAAUCCAGAGAAUUAUUGUGUUAAGCCUAUCUAUGGAGUUGUGUUGCCCAUGUCCACUUUUAAUGUUAAAGUUUUAAUGCAAGCCCAAAAGGAGGCACCUCCUAACAUGCAAUGCUUGGAUAAGUUUCUUUUUCAAAGCAUAGUUGCAAAACACAAAACAUAUCAUUCCAAAAAUGGAACCACCACAAAACAUAUCACUUCAAAAAUGUUUGAUAAAGAAUCCGGCUACGAGGUUAAGGAGUGCCAAUUGAGGGCUGUUUAUGUUAAUCCUCCUCGGCCGCGAUCUCCAAUUCAAGAAAGAUUUUAUACAGAUUUGAAAGCUUCAAUUGAACAUGAUGAACAAUCUAAUACUUCAUUUGAGGUACAUCCUCAAGAGCUGCAAUUUCCUUUUGAAUUGAGGAAGCAGAUAUCAUGCUCUUUGCAAUUGUCUAACAAGUCAGAUAAUUAUGUGGCUUUCAAGGUUAAGACUACAAAUCCGAAGAUGUAUUGUGUUAAGCCUAAUCAUGAUGUCGUCUUGCCUAGAUCUACUUGUGAUGUUAAAGUUACCAUGCAAGCUCAAGAAGAAACACCUCCUAACAUGCAAUGCAAAGAUAAAUUUCUAAUUCAGAUCAUAGUUGUAAAGAUGGGAGCAACCACAAAAGAUAUUACUUCAAAAAUGUUUAAUAAAAAUUCGGGUUCUAAAAUUGAAGAGUGCAAAUUAAGAGUUAUUUUUGUUGAACCUUCUCAACCAUCAUCUCGAAUUCAAGAAGAAUCGGUUGAAUAUUUAUCUUCUCGCUCAGAUCAGGCAGCUGCACUUAUUUUAAAAUUAAUUGAGGAGAGGGAUAGUGCUAUUAAGCAAAAUAAAAGACUGGAGCAAGAACUGGAGUUUUUGAGGAGUAAAGCCAACAAUGACGGUUAUAUAAAGCAGGCAUGUCAAUGA